AUGCAAGAGGCUCCAGAGCACCCCUUCCCCAGCUUCAUGGCCCCGAACCGCAGGUCAGGCCCGGCACGGAGCCGCAUGCCAGGAGCCAUGACCCCCGCUGUCUUCCUGGUCUGUGCCAUGGCCCUGGGAGCCCCAGGCUUCGCAGCUGGUGAGGACAUCUUCCCGGCCGUGCUGCAUAUGGCCAUGCACUGCGAGGUGGCCAGGAACAUCAGCACCCUCAGUGCAGUCGUGGGGGUUCACACAUACACCCGAACCCUCAGCGGGGUCCUGACACCGCGCAGGCUGGACGGCCACCACCUCCAGCGCCUGAAGGGGGCCGGGCAGGCGGACUUGGGAAGGUCACCAGAACUGUGCAUCAGCCAUGACCCCAGAUCACCAGACCUACACCCCGUGACCCUGCAGAACAUCAGCACCAUGGGGGGGGGGCGCUGUGUCACUAUCCCGCUCUUGCCUCUGGCUCUUGCCAGAGGCUGGUAUACAAUGGGGGAUAGGCGGCAUUGGGGCCAGACCCCGUUCAGCCAGAGAGCCGGCACCUACACCCCUCAGGAGGCAGCCGAGGGCCCUAUGCCUGUCGCCCGUGUACUGGGUGCUGCAGGAAGCUCCCUGCAUACGUGCCAUGGGCAGAUGCUGGGGGAGUCAUCAGAUUUCUCGGAAGCUCCAGUGCAGAACUGGGCGUUGCUGGCUGGGUCAGGCCGACCUCCGACCACAGGCCACAGCCAGGUUCCCCCUUCCCGGGCCGUUGGUCCCGCCCUGCCGGCAGGCUCCUGGGGUGCCCGGAUCAUCGGGGGCCAGGAGGUGACGCCCCAUUCCCGGCCUUACAUGGCGUCUGUGAAAUUUGAGGGCCAGCACCACUGUGGAGGCUUCCUGCUCCGUGCCCGCUGGGUGGUCUCCGCAGCCCACUGCUUCAGCCACAGGGACCCCCGAACGGGCCUGGUGGUGCUGGGGGCUCACGUCCUGCAUGCUCCAGAGCCGACACAGCAGGUGUUUGGCAUCUCGGUUCUCAUCAGGCACCCGGACUACCAGCCCACCACCCAUGCCAAUGACAUCUGUCUGCUGAAGCUGAACCGCUCUGCUGUCCUGGGUCCUGCAGUGGGGCUGCUGAAGCUGCCACGGAGAGGUGCCAGGCCACUCAAGGCUGGGGCGCGGUGCCAGGUGGCUGGCUGGGGCUCCAUAUCUAACUUUGAGGACUUGCCGCCCGGGCUGAUGGAGGCUGAGGUCCGCGUGCUGGGCCUGGACAUCUGCAACAGCUCUUGGAGGGGCCAGCUGAACCCUGGCAUGCUCUGCACCCAAAGUGGGGACCGCCGGCGACGUGGCUUCUGUUCAGCGGACUCUGGGGGGCCCCUGGUGUGCAGGAACCAGGCCCACGGCCUUGUCUCCUUCUCUGGACUCUGGUGCGGCGACCCCAAGACCCCCGAUGUGUACACGCAGGUGUCUGCCUUCGUGAGCUGGAUAUGGGAUGUGGUUCGAGGGCCCCGGCCCAGCCCCCUGCCCAGGACCACCGGGUCCCUGCAGGAGUUGCCGGAACCACGGCAGCACUGGGUAUACAAAUGAGAUGGCAAACGAUGCAAACAGCUCCUUCCCCGGAAAUCCCAUGGCCAGGGCAGGUCAUCCACGGGCCCCCCAA